AUGCGUUUUGAUGAAAAUGGAAGGCCUAGGAUAUGGAACGGUAAUGAUUGGUCGCUAGAGUUUAGUGAAAGAGCAGCCUGCUUGGAAAAACUAUAUAACAACUCAGAGACCGUGACGACGGUCACAGAGGUUUGCCCAGAAAACCGGCUGCUCCUUGUUCUAAUCUUCGUCGACUAUGAGAAAGCCUUCACCAGCGUAGUCGAUCAAGGUUUUUGGUCUCCCAGUGAACGGCACGCUGACCCUCAACGAAAACAGCUGAUACGGAAGGGGUGGAGUACUCAUACAGGGCAUACAAAAACUACCAAAAAGAAAGGCGAAACAGAGAGGAUAGACGGCUUCACACAAUGGAAGAUACAACAGAGGACCAGAUGUUUUUCUUGGGAAUUCAUUUGGGGCGAAAAGUUGAAUGAUUUUGAAUUGAUGCUUUGGAUAGAAAUAGAAGAGCAUGCACCAUCACCUCUACGGGUCAACAAUGUCGUGUCUAACAUAGAAGGUUUUGCUGAAGCUUUCCGCUGUCCACCGGGUACACCUAUGAACCCCAAGGAACGUUGCUCGAUUUUUUGA